CGUCAACUCCAUGUGGCGCAUCAAGACUCUGCGCCAGUCGGCGGCCGCCGCCUGCCACACCCUGCGACAUGGAAAGUCGACGAAGAUCAUGCGUCCAUCCAUGUCUUCGUGUCGUCACCUGCACAGCCAAAAGGCCGCGGUCGUUUCGUGUAUGGAGAAGCAGGAGUGGCCCCACCACGCCAGCCAGAGCAUGACGACGCUGGCUGCGUUCGGCCUUGGAGCGUUGACUCUGACAACAGUGACCUACAUGCAAGCAGCGCCUGGUGCAUCAGACAUUCCAUUGAAGGAAGAGAAUGCCGAACCUGGGAAGGUCGUGCCUGGCGCGUUCAAGCCAGACCUUCCCACGUACACCCUCGCCGAUGUGGCGUCGCACGUGAGCACCAAAGGCGGCGGGGUGUGGGUCGUGUACAAGAGCGGCGUGUACGACGUGUCCAAGUUCAUUGGCAAGCAUCCCGGUGGCUCCAAGAUCCUUCUCGCCGCGGGCAAGUCCAUCGAGCCGUUUUGGCAGAUCUAUGCCGCGCACAACCACGCGGACGUGCAUGUCAUCCUCGAGGGUCUGCGCGUAGGCAACUUGGACCCGGCCGACGUCCAGGCACUCGAGGAAGAGCGGCUCAAGAAGUACGGCGACGGGCCGUACGCCAACGACCCUGAGCGCAACCCACUGUUCAAAGUCAACGCCAGCCAACCAUUCAAUGCCGAACCCCCCGCGGAGCUCCUGACCGAGUCCUUCAUCACCCCCAACGACCUCUUCUUCGUGCGCAACCAUCUGCCCGUGCCCGACAUCGACGCAUCCACAUUCAAGCUCGAGAUUGCUGGGCUGGGCGUUCGAUCCGGCAACCCCGACCAGCCCAACACGGUGGCGUUUACAUUGGACGAGCUCAAGAAAACGUUCAACGAGCACACGAUUGUGACCACGCUUCAAUGCGCCGGCAACCGCCGCGCCGAGAUGUCUGCCGUCAAGCCGGUCAAAGGGCUCAGCUGGGACACAACGGCUGUUUCGACGGCCACGUGGACGGGCGUGCUGCUGUCAGAAGUUCUGGCGUACAUUGGCGUGUCGGAGGAGCAGCACUGCCGCGCCUUCCCAUCUGCCUGCCCCACUUGCGCCAACCUCCCCCUAACCAACGAUUAUCCUUCGGAAUGCUCGUCGACUAUUGAACACUGUCAUCUUGAAGGCCUGGACAAGGACGUUACGGGGCAGAGCUACGGCGCGUCCAUUCCCAUCUCAACCGCGUUGGAUCCGCGCAAAGAUGUGUUGCUGGCGUACAGCAUGAAUGGGGAACCGAUUCCGCGAGACCAUGGCUUCCCCCUACGAGCGAUUGUACCUGGAACUGUCGGCGCCCGCAACGUCAAGUUCCUCGGACGUAUUGUGCUCUCUCAUGAAGAGUACCCGGGCUUCUGGCAGCAGAAGGACUACCGCGGGUUCUCGCCCAUGAUCGACUACGCAACCCCCGACUUUUCCAAGUAUGCAGGCCCGAGCAUCCAGGAACUCCCGGUACAGUCGGCCAUCACAGAGCCCAAGCCAAAUGCAACGUGGCCGCCCGAGGGCUCGGAAGAAGCCGACGUCAUGACGAUCAAGGGAUAUGCAUGGAGCGGCGGGGGGCGCAACAUCAUCCGCGUGGACGUGUCGUUGGAUGGCGGCGCCACGUGGCAAGAAGCGGCGCUGGAUCCAUUGGGCGUGCGACAAAAGUAUAACCGCGCAUGGGCAUGGACGCCGUGGUCGCUGGACGUGGACAUCGCCGACCAUAUGACCGACGUCAAGUUGGUGUGCAAAGCAGUCGACUCGUCGUACAACGUCCAGCCAGACUCGAUCGCUCCCAUUUGGAACAUGCGCGGCGUGCUCAACAACGCGUGGCAUCGCGUGGACGUGGCGAUUCAAAAGCCACCGCCUUCAUCAGGUGACGACGACGAGGAUGACGAAGAUGUCGAAGGGGACAAGUAGGAAUUCGAUCGCGACGACACGUACAAAGAAGUACAGUGGACGACUUGUAAUGACAACACGGGUGCACAUAGCAUGUCCAGUGCAUCCUAUAUAACAACAUGACAUCGUGGACGUACCGCAUUGGUUGAUGAACCACGCUUGG